AGAAAAGCCCUAAGCCUGACUUCUUCAUAAUAUUUCUGGGUGAAGAUUGGAAAAUUUCAAGUUUUUAAAGCCAAAGAAGAAGAAGAAGAAGGAAGAAAGAGAGAAACAAAACCCCCCUAAAAAAAACCCCAAAUCCCAAAGGAAAAAAAACCCAAUUCUAAUUUUUUCCCUUUCUUUUCAAAGACCUCACUAGGGUGUUUUUUUUUUCUUCUGAUCCCAAAAACAGUGUUUAUUUUCACAAAAAUUAGCUACACAUUUUAGGGUAAGAAAAAAAGAGAAAGAAAGAGGGAAAUUAAAAGGGUAGGAGAGAUUUAGGGUAAAAAAAAAAAACAAAAAAAAUUGGGGUUUAAAAAAGAAAGAAAAGAAAUGGGAAGAGGAAGAGUAGAGUUGAAGAGGAUAGAGAACAAGAUAAACAGACAAGUAACAUUUGCAAAGAGAAGAAAUGGGCUUUUGAAGAAAGCUUAUGAACUUUCUGUUCUUUGUGAUGCUGAAGUUGCUCUUAUCAUCUUCUCAAAUCGUGGCAAGCUCUAUGAGUUCUGUAGUAUUUCCAAUAUGCUCAAAACACUGGAGAGGUACCAAAAAUGCAGUUAUGGAGCGGUGGAGGUCACAAAACCGGCUAAAGAACUCGAGAGUAGCUAUAGAGAAUACUUGAAGCUGAAGGCUAGGUUUGAGACUCUUCAAAGAACUCAGAGAAAUCUUCUUGGGGAGGAUUUGGGUCCAUUGAACUCAAAAGAGCUUGAGCAGCUGGAGCGUCAGCUUGAGUCUUCUUUGAAGCAAGUUAGGUCUACUAAGACUCAGUACAUGCUGGACCAGCUAUCUGAUCUUCAGAACAAGGAACAAAUGCUGAUUGAAACCAACAGAGCUCUGCAAAUAAAGCUGGAAGAAAUAAGUUCAAGAAAUAACAUAAGGCUUACAUGGGAAGGUGGAGACCAAAGCAUGUCAUAUGGUCCACAGAAUGCUCAAACUCAAGGCUUCUUUCAGCCACUAGACUGCAAUCCCACUUUGCAAAUUGGUAUCAGACCAAAUUACAAGCACCACAGCCCCAACUCAUGGCCAACAAGUCAAUGGCUUCCUCCCUGGUUGGAUGCUUUGAAGACCAAAAGAAAAACUACCUUACUUUUGUUGCUUACAUUUUUUUUUUUUUUUUGCACUAUGCUACCAACACUAUGCAAAAUUGUUAAUAAGCAUUAUAUUUUACUUUUAUUUUAGAACUUGAAAGAAAAUCCCAAAAUUUGAAGGA